ACAGUUAGUUCCCUGAGGUGGCGGCUCGUGCUUGACUGUGGUUCGUGUCCCGUUAAGGCUGGUGUGACGUCACCCUGUUUAAACGUCACACACGGAAGUGUCAACAUGGAGGACGCGAAACAAGCUUCCACGAAUUCACUUUUGAAAGAUGAGUGCUACGCAGACUUCCUGGCUGAGGAGUUUGAUGUGAAGACGUACACCGCUCAGGCUAUUCACCAUGCUGUCAUUGCUGAACAACUGGCGAAGCUGGCACAGGGCAUCAGUCAGCUGGACAAGGAGCUGCACAGUCAGGUUGUGGCCAGACAUGAGGACUUGCUGGCACAGGCGACAGGUAUCGAGUCUCUUGAAGGGGUCCUUCAAAUGAUGCAGACUAGGAUCAGUGCUUUGCAGGCAGCUGUCGACAGAAUAAGGACAAAGAUUGUUGAUCCCUACAACAAGAUUGUAGCCAGGAUUACUCAGCUUGCCAGGCUGCAGGUGGCCUGUGAUCUUCUGCGAAGGAUUAUUCGUAUAUUGUACCUGAGCAAGAGGCUUCAGGGUCAGCUCCAGGGAGGCAGCAGGGAGAUUACCAAAGCAGCUCAGACUCUCAAUGAACUGGACUACCUGUCCCAAGGCGUGGACCUGAGCGGCAUAGAGGUGAUAGAGAAUGACCUGCUCCUCAUCAGCAGAGCCAGACUGGAGGUAGAGAACCAAGCCAAGAGGCUUCUGGAGCAGGGCAUGGAGAUUCAGAACCCCACCCAGGUGGGCACGGCCCUGCAGGUCUUCUACAACCUGGGCAGCCUGACAGACACCAUAAGCAGCGUGGUGAGGGGUUAUCACAGCACCAUACAGGAGAGCAUCACCAGCGCUCUGGACAUCAAGGGUCUCACGCAGCCGGCCAACCCCAAAGGUGCUCCAGGCAGAGCAGUGCUGCCAACACCAGGUAACACGGCCGCGUUCCGCGCAGCCCUUUGGACCAACCUGGAGAAACUGAUGGACCAGAUAUGUGCUGCAUGCAGACAGGUGCAGCAUCUGCAGAAGGUCCUCAUGAAGAAGAGAGACCCAGUCACUCAUGUGUGCUUCAUAGAUGAGAUCAUUAAGGAUGGCCAGCCUGAUAUCCUCUACGUCUUCUGGACAGAUGUGACCAACACACUCAGUGAGGAGUUUCACAGAGCAACUGAAGCCUCGUCUUUCCUGAAGCAAGCAUUUGAAGGAGAAUACCCCAAGCUCUUGCGACUGUACAACGAAUUGUGGCGCAGACUGCAGCAGUACAGCGCCAGCCUGCAGGGGGCGCUGAUGAGUAGCAACGUGGACGACAUCAGUGCUGCGGAGACGGACAGCCAAGAUCUCUUUACGCACGGCAAGCAAGACUACAACCCAGAGAAGGCUCUGAAGGACUCCCUGCAGUCGUAUGAGGCAGCCUACCUAUCCAAGUCCCUCUCCCGCCUCUUUGAUCCCAUCAACCUGGUGUUCCCCAUGGGCGGCCGCAACCCGCCGUCCAACGACGAGCUGGACAGCAUCAUUAAGACCAUCAGCAGUGAGCUGAACGUAGCAUCAGUGGACCCAAACCUCUCCCUGGCUGUAGCCAGAAAUGCUGCUAAGACUGUGCAACUCUUCUGUGUCAAAUCUGAACAGCUGCUGUGCACUCAGGGUGAUGCCAGCCAGGUGAUCGGUCCACUAACGGAGGGCCAGAGGAGGAACGUAGCAGUGGUCAACUCCCUCCACCGUCUGCAGCAGGCUGUAGCCAAGAUCAUGUCUGGAUUAGGAAUAGGUCCACCAGCUGCUGCAGACUCUCUGUCUUCGUGUUUGGAGGGAGUGCGAGCCCUGAUGAGCAGUGCGGUGCAGCCUCUCCUCCAGUCGGUGGGUGACUCCAUAGAGGCCAUCAUCAUCACGCUGCACCAGGAAGACUUCUCAGGGCCCCUGUCGAGCCCGGAUAAACCCGACGUUCCCUGCUCCCUUUACAUGAAGGAGCUGCAGGGCUUCAUCUCCAGAGUGAUGGCAGACUACUUCAGACACUUCCAGUGCGCUGACUUCAUCUACGACAGCACAGAGGCCAUUGCUCAGAGAGCCAUGGAGUUGUUUGUCCGCCACGCCAGCCUGCUGCGCCCACUGGGAGAGGGAGGCAAGAUGAGGCUGGCCGCAGACUUUGCUCAGAUGGAGAUGGCAGUAGCACCUCUGUGCAGAAGGGUGUCUGACCUGGGGAAGGCCUACAGGAUGCUGCGCUCUUUCAGGCCGCUGCUGUUUCAGACCAGUGAGCUCAUAGCAAACAGCUCCAUUGUGGGAGACCUGAUCCCCUACAGCACCCUGCUGCACUUCCUUUUCACCAGAGCCCCACCAGAGCUGAAGUCACCUCACCAGAGGUCAGAGUGGUCCAUUGCCCGUUACUCCCAGUGGCUCGACGAUCAUCCCUCAGAGAGAGACAGGCUGACCCUCAUCAGGGGCGCCCUGGAGGCGUACGUGCAGUCCGUGAGGGCCCGGCAGGGAAAGGAGUUUGCCCCCAUCUAUCCUAUCAUGCUUCAGCUGUUACAGAGAGCCACAAGUGGCCCUCAGGAGGUCAGAGGCUGAUGCUUGCUGCAGCUGGAAGUGGUGGUGUGUGUUUUUGACUGCGUAGGUACAUGGGGCUUUGUGUUUUUUUUUUACUGAUGCAAACAUUCCAAAACUGAAUGUUAAACCUCUAUAUGCAACACUACAGAGUGGCUGUUACUGAUCAGUUUCACAUCUGCUGCAUCUGACUGUGUGAAAUAAACUGUAGAGCAAUAAA